AUGGGUAACGAUCAUCAAGGCAUGAGUGAGGGUCACUUUGUUCCUGAUGAGUUGCCAGUCUCAAGUAUAGAGCUGGAUGUGCUGGGGAGUAAUGAGUUCUUGGAGGGUCCACCCACAAGUGAACCAUUCACUGCACAUGAGAGCAAAGGCCCACUCUCAGUUGCAGGCAACAGCAGGAUCAUCUACAUUGUCCAGUGGUGGGAUAAGACAGCAUAUUCAGGAGGCCUUGAGUUGAACAUUUCAAGGUGGUCCAAGAAUAAAAUGACUGGAGUUGCCCCAAUGACUUGCCAAGUGGGCAAGGGAACUCUGACACGUGGCCAAUUCUACCAGACUGGUCAUCCUUGGGUUGUCCUGCAGGUACACACUGGCCCAGUUUAUUCCGAGCAGUCAGAAUGGGGCCUGUGCUGGCCUGUGCCUCCCAGUGAGAAUUGGACAAAUGUGUUGUUGAAUCUAUGCUAUCUGGUGCAAUCCAUGCCAUCCAUUCCAUACUCUUGCUGCACUCACUAUGAGUACUACCCACUCCUCAUCAUGCUGGACCCUGCUCCAAACCUAUGGCCCAUUCUUACACUGAGAACUUGGAAGUGGCACCUAUGUGAGGCAGACAGUGAUGAGAAGACACUAGAGGCAGGGGAUCACCCUCAACUACCUUCCCAGGGAGAUGCCCAUCAAAAUCAGAUGGAUGACCACAUGCAUUUGGACAAGGUUGCAGAUCAGCAAGAUGCUGAUGAACAUAAGUCCUUCAAUAUGCUUUUUUUUUUCAAGAUGUUGAUGACAGGCUUGGAGAUUUUCAUGGUGACAAUGGGGCUGGAGAUUUUUGUGGUGACAACAGUCAUGGAGAUGUUUGUGGCAAUGAUGGGGCUGGAGAUGUUCAUGGUGAUGAUGGGGCUAGAGAUUUUCAUGGUGAUGAUGGGGCUGGAGAUUUUCAUCAUGACAACAGUCCUGGAGAUUCAUGGAAUCACAACCCACCCACUGGACAUGAUGACAACCAUCCACUUGCUCCACCUGUCUGUUCCCCCCUCCUGGACCUUGAUAUCGAGAAACUCAUUUGUGACACAUGCCUACCAAAGAUAUGGCAUGGCCUGCACUUCGUAA